AUGUGCAGAGCACUGCAGAAAGAGUCGCUGGUUACCUCCUUGUCACUGCUGCAGCUGCUGAACCCAUACACAUUCUACAAAUGCCAACUUCAUCAAAUCCAAAUCUUCUUAGCGAAUUGCGUUAGGAACAUACAUUCAUUUUUAACUCGGCUUUUGGCGUUAUUGCGUCAGCUCCCCGUGCGCAUCGAACCCACAGAAGCCAGGGAUACACGCUCCGCUGGCAGUGAACCAGAAGAAGGUGUCUUUCUGCCAGGUAACAGUGACUCAGAAGAAGGUGUCAAUCCGCCAGGUGACUCAGAAGAAGGUCUCGAUCCGGCACUGCUCCCCCUGCGCAUCGAACCCACAGAAGCCAGGGAUACACGCUCCGCUGGCAGUAACAGUGACUCAGAAGAAGGUGUCACUCCGCCAGGGCUCCCCGUGCGCUUCGAACCCACAGAAGCCAGGGAUACACGCUCCGCUGGCAGUAACAGUGACUCAGAAGAAGGUGUCACUCCGCGAAUUAACAGUGACUCAGAAGAAGGUGUCACUCCGCCAGGGCUCCCCGUGCGCUUCGAACCCACAGAAGCCAGGGAUACACGCUCCGCUGGCAGUAACAGUGACUCAGAAGAAGGUCUCGAUCCGGCACUUAACAGUGACUCAGAAGAAGGUGUCACUCCGCCAGGGCUCCCCCUGCGCAUCGAACCCACAGUAGCCAGGGAUACACGCUCCGCUGGCAGGAACAGGAACUCAGAAGAAAGUGGCGGCCGUGGCUCUCUGCUAGGGUGGGAAAUCUGGUUCCUUGUGAAGCCCAGCGACGAUUAAUCAUCGCGGGAGACACGCGAAGCCGUACGGAACUCCCCGCCCUGCUAAACACUGCUUUCUCAGCUACUAACAUGCUCCCAAUACCGGCUCAUAAUAAUCACAAGACUGCGCACUUCACCCAGACUGACAUCGGCUCCCUGCGACUGGCCCGGGUGCGACCAUCACCCAGUCCGCGUCACACACCGGUCAUCCCAGGCACGGCCACCGGACCGGGAACCCAGUUCUGCGACGUCCUCCGACGGCGAUCCUCGGGCUGAGCCUCGUCGUCAGGAAUAUCGGACCCCGGCGGAGUCGGCGGCACUCAGGAUUCCGGGCGGCGUUUGUGGAGGGAUGUCCGGCCUGAGAACACCAAGCCCACAUCCGCAUGGGAGCCAGGACACGGUGCACGGACAGAGAUGUCCAGCUCCGGGCUCCUCGUGCCUCUCCGUGUCCUUCCUGCGAUCGGGAGUUCCGUCCACAACAGCGAGGACAUCCCUUGGGGAUGCCCGGGAUUGCGGGAGGAUAGCUGCCUGGCGUGGCCCCAUCUGAGGUCACUGAGGGAGAGUCCACAGUUGGUUAUCACACGGCUGCCAACAUUGGACCAGUGCACACACUGGGCCGGACCGUGCGCAGAGUUUGAUGCCACCCGUCUGCUCAGCUGACUCAUUGGACUAACUAUCCUGGACUCUCUGGUGAUGGAAAGGGUUCUUGUAUUUCGACGCUGUUACAGAUGCUCACUGUGCAGGCAGUCGCGGCCGCUCCCACUCCGGGCUCGGUGCCAACCCUGCCACGCUGCCGACCUGUAUGGCCGUGUAAUGAUCCAAAGCUGCGUCCCAAUGUGCAACUUCUCAGUAAAUCUUCAGCUGUUUGCAUUAA